AUGGAGCAGUGUGCAUCACAUCCAUCGACGCUUGAUCAUAUGUCUCUUGUUUUUCGAUAUAUUGAGCGACCCAAUGUGGCCAUGUGGAGACUCAUGAUUCGAGGAUAUGCUUCGGAUGUCAAUCCAUUCAAGUCUCUCUCUUAUUUCCGAGACAUGCAGUGGACGAAACAGAAUGCUUUUCUUGAACCCUUCAUCUGUGCUUCAGUGAUCAAAGCUUGUGGGAGAUUGAAAGCCAUUCCAGAGGGUAAAUCAGUUCACUGUCAAGUGAUCAGGCUUGGUUUAGAUUCCAAUGUCAACAUACCGAACACUCUAAUUCACUUCUAUUCGAAUUCUUCGAGCUUGUUGAGCAGCUCUCGGGUCCUGUUUGAUGGAAUUCCUCACAGAACCAUCGUCACGGUUAACUGUAUGAUUUCGGGGUUCAUGAAAAACAAACUUCUGGAUUUGGGUUUGAGUUUAUUAAAUCAAGCUCUGGAUGGUUCUCUUGAUUUGGAAGUGAAACCAAAUGAUGUUACUCUCGUACUUUUGAUAUCUGGUUGUGCUGAAUUUGGAGACUUGGGCGUUGGAACAUCGCUUCAUUGUUACUGCUGCAAAACAUCCCUGUCUGUCGAGAUGAGAAUCUGUAAUGCUUUGAUUAACAUGUAUGCCAAAUUUGGACGCAUAUAUGAAGCUGCGAUGCUGUUCAAGGAAAUGCCUUGGAAAGAUUUGUUUUCAUGGAAUACGAUGAUUUCUGGCUAUGUUGUGAACAACAAUUGUGGUAAAGCUCUGACACUGUUUAGAGAAAUGAGAGUUAGAGGCGUUGAAGGUGAUGGAGUGACUCUGAUUAGUUUGAUCUCUGCAUGUUCUCAGGGUAGAGAUCUUGAUGCGGGAAAGAGGAUUCACGCUUAUAUGAAGACAAGUGGAAUAGGCACCACUGUUCCUGUAGGGACAGCUUUGAUUCACAUGUACUCCAAAUGUGGGCUCAUAGAAUUUGCUAGAAAAGUUUUUGACGAAUUAUCAGGCAAAAAUAUUGUAUCUUGGAACUGUAUGAUAUCUGGAUAUAUCGAAUGCGGUCAUUUCAGAGAGGCUUUCUGGCUUUUUGAUAUGAUUCAAUGUGAAAAGCUCAAGCCAGAUGAAGUUACAAUGCUGGGACUGAUCUCAGCUUGCCGAAACUCUGGAGAAUUGAAUCAUGGCAUUCAUGUCCACUCAUAUGCAGAGAAGAGUGGUCUCCAUGAGAAGACCGUUGUGGGUAAUGCUCUUAUAGAUAUGUAUGCAAAAUGUGGGAGCAUGAGCAGAGCUAAAAGAGUCUUUGAUAAGAUGCUUGAAAGGGAUGUUAUCUCAUGGACCUCAAUCAUAGUUGGUCAUGCCAUUAAUGGCGAAGGAGAGGAAGCUCUCAUUGCUUUUCAGCAAAUGUGUGCUUCGAGAAUUGAGCCUAAUGCGGUCACAUUCAUUGGAGUUCUGUCAGCGUGCAAUCAUGCUGGGUUGGUGGAUGAUGGCCGGAGGAUGUAUGGGAUAAUGUGUAAAGUGUAUAGUAUUAAGCCCAUGAUUGAGCAUUCUGGAUGCAUGGUUGACAUGUUUGCACGGGCUGGAAUGCUGGAGGAAGCUCAAGAAUUUGUCAAGAACAUGUCUGUUGAACCGAAUGCAGUUAUAUGGAGGAUGUUAGUGAGUGGUUGUAGUGUUAAAGGGGAUGUUGAUCUUGGAUUGAGCUUGGUGAAUAAGCUCAUAGGGCUGAAAAGGUUGCAUGCUCCUGAAGAUUUUGUGAUCUCUUCCAAAAUUUUUGCGGAAGCAGGAAGGUGGGAUGAUGUUCUGUGUGCAAGAAGUUUGAUGGUGGACAACCAAAUCCUCAAAAGACCAGGAAAAAGCUCAAUUGCUGGUGCUUAUGAACCUUUAGAUGAAUUAUGUUCGUGA